GAAGAAGGCGUGAGAAAGAUGAUUGCUCGAGCUCUUGCACAUGCGUCGUGACUCGUGAAGCGUCAGUGCGUGUCAUAGCAACCGGAGAGAACAACAUGGCAAAACCAACAACCAUAAAAGAAGCCCUUGUCAAAUGGGAGGAGAAGGCAGGAGAGAAGGUGGGGGAGGCGAAAGCAGUAAAGCUGUAUGGUCAGAUUCCUCCUAUUGAGAAGAUGGAUGCUUCUCUCUCCACCCUCAUCAACUGCGAAAAAUUGUCCCUGUCUACAAACUGCAUUGAGAAAAUUGCCAACUUGAAUGGCCUCAAAAACCUACGGAUAUUAUCACUGGGGCGGAACAACAUCAAGAAUCUAAACGGACUGGAAGCUGUUGGUGACACGCUAGAAGAACUCUGGAUUUCCUACAACCUGAUAGAGAAGCUCAAAGGAAUUCAUGUUAUGAAGAAGCUCAAGGUUCUCUACAUGUCCAACAACCUGGUCAAGGAGUGGGCUGAGUUUCUGAAGCUAGCUGACCUUCCAUCCCUAGUGGACAUGGUGUUUGUGGGAAACCCUCUGGAGGAGAAAUACUCAGCUGAGGGGAACUGGAUAGAAGAGGCCACCAAGAGGCUGCCCAAGCUGAAGAAACUAGAUGGGAACCCAGUGAUCAAGGCGGAUGAUGACGACGAGGGAGACAGUUAACACAUUCCAUUUAAUCUCUUACAGUUUACAGGUUGUUGUUUUUAGAAUGUUUUUAUUGAAAUGGUUUCUAUACCAGCAUCAUUGAGAAUCAAUCCACCAGGCAAUAUCCUAUUAUCAUUUUUUCUCUCUUUUUAGAUGUUGAAUAAGCUAAUUCCACUGGUUGGGAGAUGACCUCUCAUAGAAGCACAUUGCUGAUACUUUUACAUCUCAAUAGAUGUCAUGAAAUAAAAAGUAAUACGAAAGAGGCAGUACAGUUACAACAUUUGAUGUCAUGUAUGUAUGUCACUGUAUGAAACAGCCUCCUCUGGGGUAACUACACAAACAUUCUAAAAGGUACAAGUUACAUUCCCAUUGGUCUUGUCCACCAGCCAGCUCUCUAGCCUGGGGACAACGUUACAUUCCCAUUCGUGAGCGAGAUAUUUUGUAUUUAUUUUUAAGCAACCAACCAAGGCAGGCUAUGUGCCUGUUGAUGCCCUACUCCAAAAAAUACAUUUACAUUUUUCUAUGGGUGCUGAUGGUCUUAUUUUCACAUGAUUCCUGACUCACACUCGGCUUGCGUGCAUAAAGGACGUACGUUUCAGACCUGUAUGCAGCCAUGAAGGAGGAAUAUGAGGUUGCACACAAAACGGGGUGAAGGCCAGGGGAGAACAAUUUGAAGUGUUUUCUGGGCAUGAAUGAAUACUGUAUUUUAAAAAGAUGGAAGAAUAACUAAAUCUAUAUAUAUAUAGCUCUAGUCUUAGCUAAUAGUACAUGAAUGUUUUGUAAAGUGAUUUUUUUUCUUAUAUUUGUAAAUUAUUAGGCAUGUUUGUAUAAAAUGAAUACAUACUGAGAUGUUUAUGAUUUUUUUAAAUGACAUUUUAAAUGUUGAAAUUUGGUAUGUUGCAUUAAAAACUAUUGUCUAACUAUA